AUGUAUCCAUAUCUUCAAGGCGGCCCACGGAUGAUGGGAUCUUUCUUGGGCAUGCCGCAAUCACAGCAAGGUAUGUUUCAAUCAAGUCCGCUGGGGAUUCAGUACAAAGAAGCUCUCCAUACGUAUCGGCAUGCAGAUACACAGAAGCUGACAUCUUCAACUGCAUCGCUUCCGCAAUCGCUUGCAGGUGGAGCUGGUGGCUUUCCUUUCGGCGGCUCAGGGUCCAACAAUACAACAGGCACAGCGAGUCUAGCUUCGCAGUUGGCAGGACUGUCUGGCGGGCAAUCGCAAGGACAGGGUCAAGGCGGUGAGCUCAACCCGAGCGACUUCCCCGCACUAGGCGGAGGGCAACAAGGUGGACAAGGACAGCAAGGAGGCGCACCCGGUCUUGGUGGUCUUAACAACCCAUUGUCGAGCUAUGCAACCCAAGCAGGUACCGGCGGUGUAACUGCGGCACUCAGUGGUGGUGCUCCGCUUCGUAACUUCAACCAGGACGACUUCCCAGCGCUCAAUCAGUCAGGAUCAACAGAUGGACGUACAGGCGAUGAUGGCUUCCCACAUGGCGUGGCAGAGCAGGUUUCGGCAGCAGCAGCACUUCAGCACCAGCAUCAGCAACGUGAACAGCAUCGACAAAGUCUGUUAGGUUCAGUCGUAGGCGGAGCACGGUCCGAUGCAUCCUUGUCAGCAGCGAGAGGAGGUUUCGGAGAGCCCGAUCGCAACUAUGCCACAAAACUUGGCGCAGGACCUCCAGGGCCAGGGUUGGGUAUGCAUCAGCAGACAUGGGCGCCGCCAGGUUCGGUGUUCGGAGGUGCAGGACAGAAUCAGCUCAACGGCCUUCAGCGUGCCUCUUCACCAUCUUCUGCAAGGUCUCCGCUCUCGAGUGUGCGCAACGCAGCAGGCAACCUUGGUGCUUCCUCGCCUUUGACAGACAACGCCUCGGUUCGUGGAAAUUCGCUGGAUGCUGCUGCAGCCGGACAGACCGGUGCGAUGGCGCAAACACCUGCACAGCAGAUUUUGACUUCGCCAGCGGAUCGUUUCGGAUUGCUCGGGCUGCUUUCGCUGAUCAAGUCGUCAGAUCCUGAUCUCUCAAUGCUUUCGAUGGGCGUCGACUUGCAAACUUUUGGUCUUAACCUCAACUCGUCCGAUCCAUUGCAUCCGUCUUUUAUCACGCCAUGGUCAGAGAACAACAUGCUUGCCUCGUCCAGAGUCGAGCCCGAGUUCACAUUGCCAUCAUGCUACAAUGUGCAGCCUCCACCGCCGGCGCAGAGCAAAAUCGCCUCAUUCUCAGAUGAAACACUCUUCUUCAUCUUUUACUCGACACCACGCGAUGUUUUGCAGGAGGUAGCGGCGCAGGAGCUGUACGCACGAAACUGGAGGUACCACAAAGAGCUGCACGUAUGGCUGACCAAGGAGCAGAACACGGAGCCUACGCAGAAGACGCCAACGUAUGAACGCGGAACAUACGUUUUCUUCGACCCAUCGUUAUGGGAGAAGGUCUCCAAGAACUUCCACCUUUUGUACGAGAUGCUCGAGGAGAAGGUGCCCAGCCAGGCUCAGGCACUGGCAGCACAGGCAGCGGCACAGCAAGCCGCAGCUGUAGCCGCCGCCGCUCAGCAGCAGCAACAGCAAAGACCACCUUCCUCUCAGCAGCAAACACAGCAACAGCAGCAGUCGCCUUCGCCCGCACCACAGCAGCAGCAGCAGUCGUAA